CUGAAGACUCUUUGUUGCCUCCCAGCAACAUCAACCUCCACGGACCCCGUCGUCACUUCGCCUGCCUCUCCGAACAUACGCCCGCAAGCCCGAUUAUUAGGAGGACUCUGUAGAUUGUACGGAACGAGUCCGAUAAGUCACUAGCAGACGCGCCACUUGCGAGCUCGCCUCGUCUCGUCAUUCAGGUUUGGGUCACGCACAAGCAGACAAAGGUCAGGAACGCUUUCGGAUCACUUAGCCCAAAAUGGUCCUCGAAGCGACGAUGCUUGUGCUGGACAACAGCGAAUACAUGCGAAAUGGGGAUUACACACCGACUCGUUGGGAUGCUCAGGUGGAUGCAGUGAACAUUGUAUUCGAUGCCAAGACCAAUUCUCACCCCGAGAACAUGGUUGGGUGCCUGACAAUGGCUGGAAAGAGCCCCGAGGUCCUGGCGACUCUCACCCAGGACAUGGGCAAAAUUCUCGCAGCUCUGCAUUCCUCCAAACUGAUAGGAUCUUCCGACCUUGCCACCGGCAUCAAUGUCGCUUCCCUUGCCCUCAAGCAUCGGCAAAACAAGACCCAAAGGCAACGCAUCAUCCUAUUUGUCGGCAGUCCGAUCAAUGACACUUCCGAAUCGCUUGUACGCAUCGCACGGAAGCUCAAGAAAAAUAAUGUGGCUGUAGACGUCGUCAGCUUUGGGGAGGUAGAAGGGAACGAAGAGGCCCUCAGGGCUUUGAUAGAAAAUGUGGACAAUGGAGGCAACUCACAUCUCUUGACGAUUCCGCCUUCUCCGCAACUGCUGAGCGAUCUGAUCCUGAGCAGUCCAAUCUUAAUGGAAGAGGGCGCUGGAGGCGGGUCGGGCGAGGGUGGUGAAGGUGGCGCAAGCGGAGGCGGUGGAGGAGGCUUCGAAUUUGGCGUCGACCCGAGCAUGGAUCCCGAAUUGGCAAUGGCUUUGCGCAUGUCGUUGGAAGAAGAGCAAGCUCGACAAAGAGCUGCCGAGGCUUCGUCGUCUGGAUCCCAGGCACCCGCACUGGCUAGCGUUCCGGAAGGAAGCUCUUCGGAUGCGCGUGCCGCAGCGGCAACCCAGGCCUCCGCCGCACCUGCGUCAGGAACGGGAGAUGGAUCCGCUAGCUCUUUCACUUCUGCUCCUCAGCCCCCCGCCGCUUUGCCGAGCGUAGGCUCGCUCGUCCAGCCAGGAGCGGAUGGUCUUUCUGGCGUAGGCGCUGAAGCCAGUGACGAGUCGGAAGAAGCAUUGAUGAGGCAGGCUAUCGCUCUGUCGAGAGGAGGCGAUGUCGAAGAUAACGCGCAGGCCCAACAUCAGGAAGGCAGAGCCACGGUUGCCGGAGCUAACGAUGGCGAUGAGGAUGUGGAAAUGUCCGAGGAAGAGGCUAUCGCUCGGGCAAUCGAGAUGAGUCUCAAAGAGGAUGAGGAGAAUGCCAAGUAGAACGACUCGCACACUCUCUUGCCACACGCACGUCACAACACUGGUGGCCGAGAAUGAUGAUACGUUGCACAUGAGCAAGAUGAGUGGGAGCAUUGAGCUGCGCAAGUAAGGAAUCGGUUCCAGGCUUCUUUCGACCAAGAUGUCAGAUCGAGGCUUGUGCACCUCUUGAAGAAGGUCG